AUGAGUAGACCUCAUAUGAAAAUUAACAUUAAAGAGGAACUCGAUGGUUUAUAUUUGAGCACAGAAGAUAAUAUUAAGGAAUAUAUUGUUGAGAAUCCUAGCGACAAUCAUAUUCACACCAUUGUGAAACCACCUCCGCCCGCCACCACUGCUAAGUAUCUCCCAAUGGUUUACCCUCUCAAAUUUGCGGAUCUUUUAUUAAUCAGCUUGUUUCUCUGUUUCCAUUUUUUCACAUUCUCCCACAAAGAACCACCAAUGAAAAAAAGGCGCCCUUUGGAAAGAGGAAUAUCUGUUAUUCAAAGUAAUAAUGAGGUUCAACAGUUCCCUGUGUCGGAAUCAAUUAUGUGUAGACAAAACGUGUUGGUUAACUCGACUUCGGUUAAAUAA